CCUGCCUCGUUCCGGUAUCGCCGGUAGCCAAUCAGGGCGGCGAGGGCUGUGUGGCGGAAGCUGGGCCUCGGCGGGGACGCGGCGCCAUGGCGGGCGGCUCGGCGGCGCGGGGGCUGCAGGCGCUGGAUGUUAGUGGUGCAGCAGAUAAGAUUAAUUUAAUACCGCAAGACUUUUUUGCAGAACUGUGUGAACAAAUAAUUCAACAUCUGAACCAUAAGAUCCCAGGUGUAAAUACAGCUGAGCUGUGUCAGAGAAUUCAAACGUCGGGGAUUGAGAUUAAUGUUGAUGACCUGGCAAAAAUAGCUAACAUUGUUUCUUUUCUAUUUAGCACAGCAGCCAGAAACAAUCUCUCUACAGAAGAACUCAUCACCACCUUGGGCAGUGCAGUGAGCGUGCUGCCAAAACAUGCAGUUCAAGUUAUUCGUCAUGUAUGGAAUGAAGAGGGUAAAUCGAUUGGUGUUUCAGAAGAUGCAAGAGAUAUGGCCACAGUGGGGCAGUUUGUAGAUAUUAAAUGGAAACUGGGAGUUGCGAUGAGCUCCGACAGCUGCAGGUCUCUGAAGUAUCCUUAUGUUACAAUGACAAUAAAAGUUGCAAACCCUUCAGGACAAAUAACAGACAGAUCUUUUGAAAUGACGAUCCCACAGUUCAAGAACUUCUUCAGACAGUUCAAGGAAAUGGCAGCUGUUCUUGAAACAGUUUGAAGAGAACUCUUAUUUACACUGAAUUUUGGACAGACUUAGAUCAAGUAAACUUUCUGUUCUGCACAGGGAAUAAAGUGCCAUUGUUUGACAAGGUAUGUAUCCUUGUCUUUUGAACAGGUAUUUGUCAGCAUCAUCCUUGCAUUGCUGUGAAGGUUUCUUCACUUUUGAGUGCUUGAAGCUAACUCUGCAGUGUUUGUGAAAAUACGCUCAGCUUUGUUCAUCCUGGUAGACAAACGAUCAGGAUGUGAAUGGAGAAGCAUCGCUGUAGACUUUCUAAUAUCCAAGAGUAAGAAACUACACAUUUAACUCUGUAGUGCAGAAAGACACCUGAAAAUGUUGACUGGGAAGAUAGAGAGAAGUGUAAAAUCCCAUGCUAACACUUUGUCUGUAAAAUUGAGAUGCACUUGAACUCAACAAUAUUAUUAAGUAUAAGGAAUAUAUGAAGUUACACGUAACAAGCAUACAGUUACUCUUGAAGAAUAUCGAUGUCAAGUAGUUAGCUACACAUAUUUGCAGACCUGGCUUCCAGUCUUCUUUUAGUAACUGGAGAAUGUGCUUAUCCUAACAGCUUUAUUAUUUCAAAUACUUAUUUCCUACCACUUAAGCUUAUAAAAACUGAGUUAAUGUAUUAAGCUUUUCUGGAGACCCAAAAUGUAUUCUCUGAAAUGAAGCCCUGAGGCUAAUUUUAAAUAAAGGUAGACAGGUGAAUUUAAUUCAAAAGCACUUUAAUAUAUUUUUGCUUUUGCAUUUAAUCCAACUCUCAUCUGUGGCAUUCUGCUUGAUGUUUUGAUUGGCAGUCUGCUUUCUAAUUAAAUUAGAAUAUUGGUGUAGUUGCCUCACUCCAAGCUCUGAACUAGAAGAGUCAAGAGGAAACUUGAAAAUUCAGGCUGGAAUGUUAUCCAAGCACAUCAGAGAAAGGACUACACUGAAAGUCAGCAAGGUUUCUUUGCUCGUUGUAUUGUGUGGCAGGAGUCCACUGGUCACUUGCUCUCAGAGAGUGUCCUAACCAGCAAAAUUUUAACUUUGAUUCUGAAGAAUGGGGGCUUUUCCAGAGGGCAAGUGAUAAACCCAGUGUGCUUGCAUGCUCUUUUUUUUUGUUGUUUCGCUUUUUCUUGAGUUUUCCAUAAACAGAAUACAAACUGCAAAAGUAAUGGGUUGUAAUAAAAACAACUGUUGCGUUUCAGGGUGUGCUGGUGGUGUAGUAGAGCAAGUAAAUCUGGAGAGAGAUGAUUCAUACUGAUAAGCAGACUGAAGUUUAUGCUGCAACUUCAGAAUGGUAGAGACUGAGAACCAGUUUUGUUGGGACAGAUCCUCAAGUGAUUUCAGGCCCCCUUAAGGGACAACACCUAUCUUUCUAACCCACUUACGUGGGGGUUUUUUUAGUAACUUUUUUAGAAGCUGGCUGAAAGUCACAGAUUCUGGUUAUGCCUGCCUUUUUGUGUCAUGAAAACAGACUGCAGCACGUUGAGUGUAUUGCAUGCAGCAACAGAUACACCCCCACUAUUUGGGCAUUACGCAUGGUGCAUAAAAGCAGUACUUGAGUUGCUUAGAAGCCUAAAUAAGCAAAACAGUGUUGGCUUUAACAACAGAUAGUAAAAGUUUCGUGCUGUGGCCAUUGCUCUGGAUGAUACUUCCUUUGUGCUGAUGAAGUCUGAAGAGUUUGCUUUGUGGCUGGGGAGAGGAGAUUACUCUCUUAUGGGGCCCUCAACAGAAUGUCACAAAACGGUUUCAGGAACAGACUUACCUUUUCCCUUGCCUGUAUGGAAGGGCUCGGGUCUGAACAUAGUACAAAUGUUCUUCCCUCUGUGGAAAAGUGAUGUGAGCAGCUGUUUUUUUGUUGGUUUGUUUGUUUUGUUUUUUUAAUUUGCACAAGUUGGAGUGGAAGGCUAAGUAUACUGGAAAACAUUGUCAUGCUUUGGCCUAGUAAAUGAAUUGGUUUACAUCAGUGCCAAGAGUUCCAGAAGAAUACUUUUUUAGUAAAGCUGGAGCCUUACAAAUACUUUGCAUUUGUUCUAAUGCACUUAAGUUCUUCAUAUAGCUUGAAAUAUUUGUGCCUUCAUUGGAACUUGAUGGGAAAGAUUUAAUUAAUGUCUUAACUUCUAGAAACAAUAGUUUAGUAGGCAGUGGAUGAUAAUGAUGAAACUUUGUUACCAUUUUUGCUUGGUCCAUCACCAAGAGGAGACAGUUGGCAGUCUUUGUUACAUAUUGUGAGGUCAGAUAUUCUAGAAAUAUUAAUGAAUAUUUUUGAAAUGUCUCUGAACUCCAGUAUGUGUUAACUCUGGAAGAUGCCUGGGCAUGAUUGUUAUACCAGCUUACUGUCUGAGAAUUUUCAGAGGUGUUUAUGGACAUCUAGGAGAUGUGAUUAAAAGUUGGCUAUGUACUCAAACUUCUGAGAUUUGUCUUGAUCACUAUCAGUAGGAAUUCCUGUGCUGAGUAAUGGAAGAAUUAAGUACUUUAAUAACAGAAAAAAAACCCUAACAAUUUGCAGGGUAGCAAUAUUGGCAUGUUCAAACAAGAUGUUGAAUUGUCUAUAUGUGCAGAAACCAGAUCUUUUCAAAGAGAAUCAGGAGUCCCUGUGUGUUCUUAAUCCUACUUGUUGAUUGAUAUGAAAUUGUACAACAUCAAUAUUUUUGUAAGUCCACAGUCAUUAAACAUAUAGGUAACAAAGAUAAAAA